UAUAAUUUCGUCGACGUAAUCUUUAAAAAAUAAAAAUUUAAUUAACUCACUUAUAAGUACUCAUAAUUUCUGGUUUAUACGUACGACUAUCAAUAGUUAAUCUGGUGAUACUGGCAUCUUCAAAAGUGAUACGUGUAUUUAAUAAACCAUCUAAAUGUUGCAGUGUAUUUAUGUUAAACAUUAGCAUGCAGUUCGCGUAUCUAUACACGUGGAACCGGGAAAUAAUUGUAAAUUCACAAAAAUUAGUGAAAAGACGUUGAUAAUAUCGAUAUUAUUAUUACUUUUCCAAGUUGACAAAUUUUCUCGUAUCACUGCCUUAUUGUUAUUAUUAUUGUUAUUGUUUAUACUAUUAUUGUUAUUACUAUUAAAAUUAGUUUUAUUUUUAAUCUUGGAUAACUUAUUGAAAACUCAACAAACGUUUGACAUAAAACUACUGAAACUACUGCUGCCGCUGCUACUGCUGUUGCUAAUUAAUUUUUCGAACUCUUCAAUAUUUACACAAAUUCUAUUCGGAAAACUACAAAAAAAAAUUAGCAAAUAUAAUGGCUACGAUGUGUUAUAGUGAGCCUUUACCUGGUUGGUUUGAAGAUCGACCAGAAUCAUUGUUUGAUGAAUUAUCAACAUCAGAAUGUAUUCAAAACAAGCCAGUGGUUUAUUCUCAACCACAAGCGCCAACAACACAAUCAUUUUUACAAGAAUGGGAAACUGUUUUUGGUGGUGUAGAAUCAUCAUGCCAAAUGAUUUACCCCUCGGGCAGUUCAGCUUUGACUCCGCCGCAGUCACCACCGUAUAUACAUUCUGACUCAUUGUCAGUUAAUUCUCAGCAGAUUCUUGUUAAUUUAGACCCAACAACUUUAUCUAAUAUUCAAUUUACAUAUCCAUCUAUUGCUGAUACUGCUGUAAUUCCCCCUUCGAUUAAUCUCAUUAAUCAACAAGAACAACAUCACCAACAGCAACAACAACUGGAGCAGCAGCAGCAAGUGAUUGAAGAAGAAUCUAUUGAUAAAAGUGAUGCAUCGUAUCUUGGUCAAAUAUCUGGCGAAUGGAAUGCUGAAAAUGUAUCAUUAUUACCACUGGCAGGUGAUGUGGCAAGUGAAUUAGCAGUUGUUGAUGAAUAUGUUAGAUCAUGUGUCGAAUCAAUGUCACCAACAAGUCCGAUAAAUAGCACUGUCAGCAGCUAUUUGUCCUCCGAAGAUUCAGUUGAUGAUCCUGAUUGGACUCUAGAUUCAUCUAUCAGCAGUAGCAAGGCUAGCAGUAGGAACAGCAAUUAUGGCAAACGUAAUCAGAAAACAACCCGCACUCGCAGUAAGCCCUAUGCACGUUCGAUCGAUGAUAAAAAGAAUCGUAAAAAGGAACAAAAUAAGAAUGCAGCCACGCGUUAUCGUAUGAAAAAGAAGCUUGAGGUUAAAGAGAUCGUUAGCGAACAAGAUGAGUUAGAAGAAAUCAAUGGUAAACUCAAGGAACAAGUUUGUGAGUUGAAGCGAGAGAUCGGGUACUUGAAGGGGCUUAUGCGCGAUUUAUUUAAGGCUAAGGGUUUAAUCAAUUAAUUCAAUUGUACAAUAUAUUCUAUUUUUAUUUUUUUAAUCUUUAAUUUUAAAAUCACGUCAUCUCUUGUUUACGUUGCUGAUUGUCUUUGGAUUUUGAAUAAUAAUGCUCUGGUUAACAUCUUGAGCUUGAAAAGCUUCUUAAUUUCAUUGACAAUACAGUUCAUUGAUAAGAGAUUGAUGCUAUAAAAUAUACUAAAUUUAAAACUUGGUAAUAAAUAUAUAUUUUUAAUCUUUGAGUGCAUGAAAAGUUAGCUUCACAAAUCUUCAAAAUCUACUUAAAUUUAUAGAAACGUUGAAGUUAACAUUAUUAACAUGAAAUGAAAAAAAUUAAAUUGUAAUUCGUAAUAACAGCAAGUAAUGUAGUGUAUUCAAAGAUUUAGAUUGUAGAAAAUUAAUAAUUGUAAUCAACUUGCACGCAUUCGUGUUUUCGUCGUACCUUAAAGGAGAAUGUUGAGACUGUCGUCGAGUAUAAUGUUGAUCGCAACUCACGAUUUAAUAUUCGAAUUCAAUUGAAAAAAAAAAAUUAAAAAAGAAAGAAA